AUGGUUCUAGUCCAACGCCUGACUCUGUUGGCAGCCAACCUUGUUGAUGGUCAUGAAAUUAUAGCCGCAUCAAAGAGGAAUGGUGGCAAUGAACAGGGUUCCGUCUACUCCAACGGUCACAUUUCGAAGGGUGCAGUCGCCUUAAAAUUGACGCCAAUUCAAAGGGAGUAUGCCGUAUUUCUGGAACUGCUCUUUGCUCCCUAUGGCUGUGACUGUAACCGGCUGGACGUUCACAGCGAGGCUCGAGAAUGGGUCCUCACCCUCAACCUCAGUGUGUUGACUGCCGCAGAGGAAAAGUUGUGA